AUGGAGCUCAACUUGGAAUUGGUCAAUCUGAUUUGCAGCGUUGUGGUCCAAAAUCUCAUCAUUGGGACCUUGCUGAUCGCGACGCCAAAGCGCUCACCGUAUCGCUUCCUUGCGAUCCCUAUUCUGAUAUGGAACGCCAGCCGAUUCGUACGCCCGCUGGAGUUCUCAGUGUACAUUCAGACAAAUACAGUUGGCAUGCUUACGGUCUCCGUGAUCACAGCGAUCAAUGUCUUGCUCAUCAACCCGCUCGAUGAACGCGACCUUGCGCGCGAAAUGCCCACCACGUUUUUCAGAUCGGGCCAUUUCUAUUAUGUCUUUGAGAUUCUCUCAUUCACGCGUGGAAUCAAGACACCACGUCAAGUGAAGAAUUUGCCUGCCCAGCCUGCGUUCUAUGAUCGCUAUGGUGGGAAGAUCCCGGUCGGUCGCUAUCUGCUUAGGCAAUUGGCAAUCAUGAGCUGGCAGUUCCUGGUCAUUGAUAUUGUCCAAACUCUGAGACGCCAGAUGGAAUUGGAAUCUGGAUUCAAGGAAAUUGAGUACGAAGUUUCGCUGGAAAAAUGGAUUGAGCGUGCUUUUACGAACAAUAUCACCUGGUUCCUGGUUGGCCGAGCUGUCAUCGAUUGCUCUUUCAGACUCUCCUCGAUCGUAUUUGUGAGUCUGGGUCUUGAUGAGCCAUCGAAUUGGCUACCGCAAUUUGGCCGUAUGAAAGACGCGUAUACCCUACGCAAUUUUUGGGGGUGA